GCUCCUGAAUUCAUUCAAUCUGCAAAGUCUUGCGGUACAGGCAUCUGGAGCCGACGGUGGCAUCGCACCCGCUGGACCCAAAAAUCGCCGGCACGUUCUCGGGGGGGCGUGCGUCCCGUCUCAAGUCGAUUUUUAACUGGAAGGCCUGGUGGGACGGAGUCUUUUUAGCUCAGUUGGGAGAUCCAGGUAGCGGCAGUACCUGGUACAUGCAGCGCCACUGCCUGCGCCGUAGCCCGGUGUCGAUUAGCUGCAGCAGUUCCAGCGAGCAUGACCGGUGCUGCAACCGCGCAGAUACCUCCUCGCCGCAGCUCGGGCAGGUAGCAGUACCUGUGCUGCAGACGACCGCCGAAAGAGAGGGUCCGCGCCACCCGCCGCUUUGGCUCCAGCCAAGGGCCCGCCUCCGCUGGACGGAGCGCUCGCAGUGGCUGUUUUUGGCUCUGCCAGCGGCCCUUCUAGUGGCUCUUGCGCUGGCCCUGCGCUGGCCGAUGCGCUGCACUGCGCUCUGCACGGCGCUGUGCUCUCCUCCCCCACUGCCGUACAUACAAACCCAGCACCACCCUGUCGCCCGCUUCUCCCUCCCCCAUUCUUCUCCAUCCCAGCCAAGUCACUUUGCUUUGCGCCGUUCUGUGCGAGCGAUCCCGCCCGUGGGGAGAGGCCGAGUCUCUGUCGACUGGAAUUGCGAUCGCAUGUAUCGAAUCGUCGAGUCGCUAUCGCCGCCCUAGCAUCGCGCGCAAGCUUCCAUGGUGCUUCGCUUCGUCUCGUAGAAGCCCCCCUUGCUUUCGCUUCACCGCACAAACCAACGGCA